GACAGGGGAUAAAGUUGUUUGACUUGCAGAGGCGUGAAGAUUUUUAAUGUCUCCCACCGCACUUUACACUGGAACCCUCCAGUCUUCCCAGAGGUCGAGGAUGGAGGCAGAGCUGCUGCCUGAGCUCACAGCACUGCCCCUCGGGGGCAAUGGAAGCAUCCAGCUGGUGCCAGACACAACCCUGCUCCCUCCGGCAUGGGGCAUGGCCAUGUUCACUGUCCGCUGUGUGAUCCCUUCGCUUUACCUGCUCAUCAUCACUGUGGGCUUGCUGGGAAACAUCACCCUUAUGAAGAUCUUCAUCUCCAACAGUGCUAUGAGAAGUGUGCCCAAUAUCUUCAUCUCCAGCCUGGCUGCUGGUGACCUGCUCCUGCUGGUGACCUGUGUGCCAGUGGAUGCCUCCCGCUACUUCUCUGAGGAGUGGCUCUUUGGGGAGGUGGGCUGCAAGCUCAUCCCUGCCAUCCAGCUCACCUCCGUAGGUGUCUCUGUCUUCACACUGACUGCCCUCAGCGCUGACAGGUACAAAGCAAUUGUAAAGCCCAUGGACAUUCAGGCCUCCAGUGCAGUGCUACGGACCUGUGCAAAAGCCAUUGCCAUUUGGAUAAUCUCCAUACUCCUAUCAGUUCCUGAAGCAGUGUUCUCCGAACUCGCCCACAUCAAUGACACAGAUAAUGCCACUUUCACAGCAUGCAUACCAUACCCCAUGACGGAUGACAUGCACCCAAAGAUCCAUUCUGUGCUCAUUUUCCUAGUGUACUUCCUUAUCCCUCUUGCCAUUAUUAGUAUCUACUACUAUCAUAUUGCAAAGAGUUUAAUAAGAAGUGCCCAUAAUAUCCCUGGAGAAAAUAGUGAGCACUCAAAACGACAGAUGGAAACUCGGAAACGUCUGGCAAAAAUUGUUCUAGUUUUUGUUGGCUUCUUUGCUAUCUGUUGGUUCCCCAACCAUGUGCUAUACAUGUACCGGUCUUUUAAUUACAAUGAGAUUGAUUCGUCAAUAGGGCAUAUGGUUGUUACCUUAGUGGCCCGAGUGCUAAGCUUCUGCAACUCUUGUGUCAAUCCAUUUGCACUGUAUUUGCUCAGUGAGAGUUUCAGAAGACAUUUCAACAACCAGCUUCGCUGUGGGAAGAAAUCUCAACAAGAGAGAUCUGCCAGUUACUUGCGCAACUCUUCUGCCAUUCAGACAACUUCCCUGAAAAGUAAUACCAGGAACACAGUGACUAGUGUGACACAACUGAAUGGGCAAAACUUGAAACAAGAAAUGUCAUUAUGAUUUAGUAGGUAUGAUUUUUGACUACAGAACAAAACUGAAAUUUUUUUUGCAGUUUGUAACUCAGUUUUGGCUCCCAUUGCUUAGACUGUCUGAACAGGGAAUCUAUUAAAGUCUGUCUAGUAUGAGAUUGUUUCACCUCAGUUUUAAUGUUAGACAGAAGUAAAAAGUGCAUUGUUUUCAGAAGCCAAAGCUGUCUGGCUUCACAGCAUGUGUUAAAGAAGAUGUUGGCAUAUACUUAACAUAUAGGAAAAACAUAAAGGUGUGAAAAUUAGUAUAGUUCACAUAAUGCUUGAAAAACAAUAGAUCUUCUGAUCACAAAAAUAUUUUCAAGUGAAUAUUAAUCCAGGCAUAUAUCUAAUAGAUUUUUGCAUGAUUUUAGCUGUGUAGUCUAUACAAGUAUUUCUCAUUAAGUCUUGUAGGCAUUUUUUGGACCAAUUAAGGAGUUAUUCAAAGGCAUAGACUCCAGUUUCAGAUAAAAUAUAGUAAUAUAUCAAAUGCUAGCUCUCUAUCUCAUUUAAAUCUAUCUUGAUUAUUCACAGACACAUGGAUGAGAGUUUUAGGGUCAUUUGUUUACUAUUUAGAAGUCAUAAGUUUAUCUGCUAAAAUUCAAUUCUGCUACCACAAAAUUAAAGAAUAUUAAAAUUAAAAAGCAAUAAUAAGAUUCCUCAGAUACUUACUGGCUUGGGGUCCCAGUCUAAUUUCGGAUUGUUAUAACCAGGAAUCUAGGUACUCAAGUGAGUGUCUGUACUAGCGUUAGAGCUGGGACCAGAGGUACUCUUUUAAAGUCAUUAUCUCUUUCCUGGUUUCAAUCUGCCUCUCAGAGUAGUCUCAUAAUAUAGAGCCCAGAUCACUUUCAGGCAAAACCAGACUGAAGGAUGCCCUGCAGAAACGUACUGGACCACUAACGAUCAUCCAGCCCAUGGGAUCAAAAAAGCUCUACUCUGAUAUUGUGCCUAAGAAAUGAAACAUAACUAACAGCUAGCACUGUUUGCUCAGUCCUCUUGCACAUGCAGUUUACAAGUCUAAAUACUCAGUACUGUCAAAAAUCUCACUUCUUUUCCUGUAAACUCUUGUGAAUAAAUAAUCAAUGAACUUCAGAAAACUCUAGCUAGGAGGCCUAUAAGGAUUUACAAUUUUUCUUGUGUGUGAAACAGUCCAGUUCCUUGGUCAAUCCACACCAUUUGGUGGCUGUGGAAAGAGUAGUUCUUCAGCAGUAUUCCCAAGAGUGCAGUUUCGAAGUACUUGGCCAGAGUAGAGCUAGGACUGAAAUAGCAGGGAGCAGUGAGGGAGACUGUGAUUGCCCAUUACUGUCCUGUCCAGUACACAUCUUGCAGGGCAGUUUACUGCUCUCUCUUUUCAUUCAUAGUUCUUUCUGGGAAUAUAUUUCAAAAGGUUUGUGAAGCUGCUCUUUAAACCAUAAUGGCAAAAGUGGAUCAACUUUAAAAGUUCACAUUUAAUUUUAAGACUAUUUUUCUAGGUUUUUUUUUUUUUUUUUUUUUUUUUUUUUUUGGUUGAAUUUGUUCAUGGUUCAAAACAAGUAGCCAAGUAGACUGAAGUUUGUUGCUGCAUAAACUCACGUAAGGGUAUCAAUCUAAAAGUUUCUAAACUGUUCCCUGGACAAUCUGAUUCAGUGGGUAUCAACCUUGCUCACUGAAAAUAGAUGAUCUUCAAGGUUUCUUUCAACCCAAACCACUCUAGAAUUCUAUCAGUUUGGCUGCAUUAGCUCUUGUUCAAAGAGCAGAUUGAUGGGGUAGAAUCUGAUUGCCCCCUUAUACAGGUAUGUGCUGUCAGACCAGUAAUUAUUCUCCAUGCCUGUCUUAUGAGAAGGAAUGGUAGUGGAGUGCAAUGGUACUUUCUGAAAAUAUUUCUUAGGUCCAGUUCAUGAACCAAGUAUGAUUUCUAAUAACUCUUCCUUUCAAGGGGUUGGAACUGCUCCAACACAGAUCUUUCUUUGUUAUAGCACUAUAACCUACACUUCUUCAGCAACUUCUAUAAAAUGAAUAGUAGAAGGGACAACUGAAGUUUUGUUUGGCUUUCAGGAUUAAUUGCAAGUCUCAGAAAUUCAAAAACUGAUGUAUUAAUGCAGUAUAGCAGCCUACUGUUCGUUUUGUCCUCAUUAGAGCACUUGCUAUUAAUGUUUUAUUUGUAAUUCUGUGGAACCAACUGAAGUUCAAGAAUUCUUUCCUGGACCCUUAUCUUUAAGGCUAGACAUCUUCAGCCACUAUCCUUAAAGCACCGAGAUGUUAUCUUGGUGUAAUCUGUAUAUGGUUUAAGCUGGUAAGACCUAUGGUAUGUAACUGUUGUAGCUAGGGCAGGCAGUAUGUAGCUAACUGUGGUAGCUCAGUGAUUUUAGAGGCUUUCUGGGACACUUCACAUGAAAUAGCAGGUUGACACGAUUCUAUAAAUCUCUCAGGAAUAGUUAAGGAAUUUGCCAUCCAUAACUGCCUAAUAUUAUUUCAUCCUCCCUUUGUCUCCAUUUCUUCUACUCUUCCCACAUGCCUUAAAUCUGCAUGAGGUUAUGCGUUCUCAUAUCUUCUCUUAAACUUUAUGCCACUAAUUUCUGGAUGCCAGACAGUUUCCAGUUUCUCUCUUCUGAUCAGUCUUGAAUUAUUUUUAGCCCCAGAUAUUUUGCACCCAUAAAACAAAAAAUCAUAAAGCCUUCCUUUCUCAGUGGUGAUUAAUAGCCAUGAUCAAGUUUCUGGUGUAUUUUUGCAUUUUUUUCUGGUUCCCUGCCUCAUUUUAUUUGGCAAUCUCUGUACAGUGUAGCAUUUUAUAGGACUUCAAAUCCAUGUAUUUAUAUCCCCUAAAGGCAUUUGUGUCAUACAGACUUCUCUAGAUGCUACAGAAAUCCUACAAGAAAAAUAUCAAUCUAAUUUUUAGUAAGAUUUGAUGAUUAUGUUUGAUUUAUACUCCUUUUACUCACUCUCUUAAAUUUCUAUGUAUGGUACAGACAGUGUUAGGGUGCCUUCUGGCAGAACUACAAGCUGAAACCUGUUCUUUUUAAUUUUACGGGGAAGGUACUCCCAGGUAGGCUAUAACACCUUCUUGGCAGGAAUUCAGCAUUAUUUUCCUGGGGCUAAAACUCAAAAUCUGUUUUGAGUAAGUAACCUUAAAUGUGUAUGCCACCUUGCGAACUCCAGUAGUUUGGUGUUGGGGAAUUGCUUAAUCUGUCUGGAACUUUGCUAGGCAUGUAGCUAAUACAAUAUGCACAUUUUGAAAGACUUUGUUACUGUGCUUUUGUACACAUUGUAUACGAAUAUAGCUGUAUGUAUGAUGUUGUUUCCAGACAAUGCUGUGUGCUAACAAUUAAAAUAUGGUCAUAGAAUGCAUUAUAUGAAGUAUUUUCUUCUAAUUCUGGAGUCAAACAAACAAGAAAACAUCUAUCAAUUCAUGCCAUUUUUCAGGUGCUACUCUGAGAUUUAUUCCAAAGUGGUUGUUAAAAGGCCAUUUGAUUCU